AAAAAGACGAAAAUACUUGGCCGAGGAACGGAACGUUGCUAUAUGUUCUGCCGCUUACAAAAAUGAGUUACGUUGGGAGAUAUUAUUAUUGAUUUGUUUUCUUGAUAAUACAGCAAUCGGAUUAAAAUUUCCCAAAUUAAUUAAAGGAUACAUUAAUUUGCUUACAGAAAAUAUGCAUAUUUUUUUACUGGAGAAAAUUAAAUCCAAAACGGAAUAACGCUUACGCGUAACGAUACUGUGUAUGCUAAGAGUUGAGUAAUUUGUCUACUACAAAGAGAAUUGAAUAUGUCUGACGGCGUGUUUUAAUUAAAAGUACAUUUUAUGGACUAAUAGUGUUUUAACUUCUUCUGAAGUUAUUAAAAAAAAAUUCCCAAACCUAUAUCUCGCAUAGAGUUAUGCUAUAUAUUGAUACUCUUGCUGCCGGCUGCCAAUCUUGGGAUAGUCUGAACGAAAGGAUUUCUGAAUGAGUACCAAAGAGAUGGAAGGGCAAGGAGGAUCUCAUUCCAGACCUGGACAGUUUACUCUUGGUGACAGAAUGAAUAUUGCUACAGAUAAAGAACUUAGUGAUUUACUUGAUUUUAGUGCACUUCCACUCAGCAGACCAGGCAGUCAUAUUUCACAGAUGUUCUCGCCGCCAGUUGCUGGUCAAGGAAUCAAAAAUGGAACCACAAAUAUGGACUCUAUGUAUUCUGGAGGAUAUAAACAAGGCCUAGAUGAUGCAAAUUGGAGUAACAAUGGACAAGGCUCUAGUUAUGAUUCAAGGCUUUAUGAUAACCAAACAUACAAUGGACAGGCAAACGAAAACAUGCACUCAUUUAUGAAUAGUGAUAUGUCUCUCCUUAGCAAAAAUAACGAUAUUCCCUAUAAUCGCUCAGGAUACUCAUCAAGGGAUAACUCAGUACCAUCUCAGGGCUUGUUGGGUAAUAGUAUGCCCAUGUCUCCAGAUUCAUUGUCUCCAGUAGCCAAACCAGGUUCUCCAUACUAUGGUUUUAACAGUAAAAGAACAUUAGAAGAACCUUUACGUGGUGCAAGAGCAGGAAAAUACACACCUCCCAAUCCUAAUUCACAAAAACGAAGGAAAAGUGGUUCAGUUUACUCACCUAGCCCAGAUGAGUACCGUCAAGAUUCACCGCAGUAUCCGUCUCCAAAACCAAGUAUCUAUGAGUCCUAUAUGUACGAUAAUCCACAUAGUUCUAGCGACCCAUGGUCUCAAAAUAAUGGCCUUCCUACAUCCUCAUACACUUCAUCAGUUCUACACAAUAGUAGUUCCCAUCAUUAUAGUCAGCCAUCAACUUACAGUGGCAUGCAUCAUACCCAUGACAUGGGUUACCAUACUGUUUCCCCAAAUCAUGAAGCUAUGCUAUCAUCAGGUCUUCCUCCUAUGUCAACAUUUCGCAGUAGUGGCAACACGCUACCUACUGUGCCUCCUGUGUCAUCAUCCACAUUUUCCAACACUUCACCUACAGUGAAUGGCUCUGAUAUUAUGCAGGCCUCUCGUAAUCAAGGAACUACACAAACAGGAGACACAUUAGGAAAAGCAUUAGCCUCUAUCUACUCCACAGAACAUACUAACAGCAGUUAUGGCUCGAACCCUUCCACUCCAGUAUCAUCACCUCCUCCUAUGUCAGGCCCAACUAGUCACUGGCAGCGACCAAGCACUCAGAGCAGCACUACCUCGCCACAUUUUGACAACCAUCUUCAUUCAUUACUACGCUAUAGCAGGGGAGAAAACAAGAACAGUCAGAAGCUAACUAGGAUGGAAGAACGUUUAGAUGAUGCCAUAUUGGUUCUACGCAACCAUGCCGAAGGUCAACCAACUCCCGGUAUGAUUCCAGGUUUGACAGGAGGUCCAAGCAACAUAAUGCAACCACCGCCACAUUCCAAUGGGACAUCAGCUGGAAUACCAGGUGGGCCAAAUGCCAAUAUACCUUCUUACCAUGGCCUCUCGAUGGCGGUGGCAGCUGCUGCACACAUGGAAUCCCAUAUGGGAAGUCAUUCUUCGCUAGAGGGUAGAGGACAAGGUGGUUUAUCAGCUGUCCCAGAUCAGAAACCAUUUGAUGGUUUGUAUUCAUCAUCUGGUAAUCAGUCCUCAGAGGGGCCAACGAUUAAAGUUGAAAAAUCUGACAAAAUGCAGUCCGACACAGAAGCUUCAAAAAGUGAUAGCAUUACAUUGGAAAAAAAUAGCUCACCUGGGAACUCAAGUGCACCCCCUUCAAAACGAGCUAGAAACAAGUUGUUUCCGGAAAAUCCUGAUGUCAGUGAUGGGGAUGAAGAUGACUCACCCGAAGCUAAAGCUGAACGAGAAAGAUUGCGCAGACAAGCAAAUAAUGCACGUGAAAGGGUUCGAGUACGAGACAUUAAUGAAGCAUUUAAGGAGCUGGGACGUAUGUGCUCCUUACAUCUUUCAAAUGACAAACAACAGACUAAAUUACUGAUCUUACAGCAGGCAGUCACCCUGAUCACAAGCUUAGAGCAGCAAGUACGAGAAAGGAAUCUUAAUCCCAAAGCAGCAUGUUUGAAGCGCAGGGAAGAAGAGAAGACUGAGGAGCUUCCUGGGCGGGCUUUGAGUGCUGAUGAGAUAGCCCAGCAGGCUGCUCUGGCAGGUAGCACGGCGUUGAUUCGCAGAAGUCAGCAACAACGAAGUGGUAGCCGAUCUGGCAACACGGGAGGCUAUGGUGGCAGUUAUGCAGCUGGACAGGAAAAUAGUCCUCUUGGAUUUCAAGACACUGAUAUGACUGAUAGCAUGGGUUCUGUGGGUUCCAGUAGCUUGGGUUCCCCUGAUCCAACAAACGGCAACAUUAUUCGAGCUGGCCAAGGCUCAUCAGUCAGCACACAUUUACUCAGCUCAAUUAUCUCUCAGGCUGCUUCUGCUUACCAAGGAUCGGCUGCACCUUAGUAUUUCCACAUUUUUUUUUUUAAAUACUACCGGACUACAUUCAGUGUUUUGAAAUCUAUUUCUAUAAAUAGAUGGCAACAAUUACAUUAUUGUUUUUUUUUUUUUUAAUCUUUUCCCCCCUUUAACACAAAGACUCUGAAGAUGAUUGUUUUUUUUUAAUUUUUAUUUUGUUCCUUUUUAUCAAACAGCAUUUAGAAGAUAGCAUAUACAUGGUAUACAUGUAUAUAGACUUGUUUGAAUUUGGAAAGCCAUAAUUUUGUGUUGACUUACUUACUGUUAUCUACAGUGCCCCCUUCCCCCCCUCCUCUGGAAGUUCUUUUCCGUUUUGGAAUGAAUUUGUUAGCAUUUAAUUUGAUACAUUUAUCUCGAUUCUUCCCGUUUCAAGUGGCAUUGUCUAUGGAAAGUGUUUAAACCUCAGAAACUAGCCAAACAAUCUCAGGGGUUUACUGAAUAUAAGAGGGUUCCUUUUCAACUUUCAGUUGUAAAUAACAAAAAAAAAAUACACACAAAAAAAAAACCAAAACAAAACAAAAGACUCUUCAUCUCAACAUUUCUCUUCUUACAUUCGUUUCAAAACGCCAAAUUAGAAACCUUUGGGGUUGGGGUGUGGAACAAAGCUUGAUUGUCACUAUUGAUCUGUCACAAUGGUUUUGAUCCUAAAUUAAUUCUUCAGAGUCAAAGACAUGCAGAUAUUAGUGGUGUGACAUAUCUCAAAAAUGAUCUUGCCCAUCUAUACAGCCUAAUUUUUUUUUCUUCAUUAUUUUGAAUAUUUCAAAUGGAGAUGGUUUCUUUUUUUUUUAUUUUUCUUCUAUUUCCUCAAUUUUUAACCUUUCUAUUAUGUACAGUUAUUAAGAAAUUAAAAGCCAAAAAUAUUGAAAAUAUAGAAAAAAUGUAAACCUUAAAAAAAAAAAUCUAAAAAUAAAUUCAGUUUUAUUGUUAUAACACAACACCCCUAAAAGAUUACAGCAGUUGACGGACUCCCUCUUUUUUUUAUUUUAUUUUAUUUUAUUUUAAUGAUGAAGAAAAGGAGAUUGACUGUUGUGAACAUAUCAUAUAACUUCUUACAUAUUUGUAGUUCUAUAAUUUCUAUUCCGAGCAUCCAAUUUGCAUUUAAAGAUGGCGAAUGUGUGGAUACCUAAACUGAGUGUGAGAUUGAAGAAUGAAAAAGAUUUGCAUGCAUUUGAGCAUGUCCCAUUCUGAAUCAAGCAUACAUAAAUAAGUCUCAUUAUUUUCAUUCUCUCAGAUUUCAUCAUCAAUAGAAACCUGCAUCAGGCUUCAACUUAAAAA